UUGCAUGAUUGCUGUGACGGUUAGAGGAGAUAAAUUCACAUACCCCAGCACGUGCCUGGCACACAGUGGGUACUCAAAUAAGUGGCAUCAUCGGUUCAUUCAUGACAUCACUUGUGCCCAAGGUCUUGAAAAGUACCAGAAAGUUCUGGUCGGGGUCUCAGUGGCCUUCGUCUUGCUGCUCUCCCUCCUCCUGUUCUUCCUCCUCCGACAUCUGCACCAGAACAAAUGCAGCAAAUCAGGUACUUCAGAUCCUGAAGCUAAGACCAGAGCCUCACAGAAAAGCUCCAGCUCCACGGCUCAAGUCCAGGAGGAGAACCAGUGUAACCGGGGAGGAGGGUGGCCCUGAUGGGAUAUGGGGGCA